AUGUGCUGCAGGGCGCUCUGGGUGGCCCUGCCUGUGCUCUCUCUGCUGGCAGGCUGUGCACCAGGGAAGCCCCUGGAGAGCCGGGGGCGGGCGUCGGCGGGGGGAGAUGCCCACCGCUUGCUAGGGGGGCCCGGAGGUGAGCGGGAGGGGGGCACCUUCGACCUGAGGAUGUUCCUGGAGAACAUGAAGGUGGAUUUCCUGCGCAGCCUCAAUCUCAGCGGUGUCCCUUCCCAGGACAAAACCCGAGCGGAGCCACCCCAGUACAUGAUCGACCUGUACAACAGAUACACCACCGACAAGUCCACGACGCCCGCGUCCAACAUCGUGCGCAGCUUCAGCGUGGAAGAUGCUGUCUCUAUCACAGCCACAGAGGACUUCCCCUUCCAGAAGCACAUCUUGCUCUUCAACAUCUCCAUUCCUAGGCAUGAGCAGAUCACCAGGGCCGAGCUCCGACUCUAUGUCUCCUGCCAAAGUCAUGUAGACGCUUCCCAUGAGCUGAGAGGCAACAUGGCCAUUUAUGAUGUUCUGGAUGGAGCAGAUGCCUGGGAUGCUUCUGCAGGAACCAAGACAUUCCUUGUGUCCCAGGACAUUUUGGAUGAGGGCUGGGAGACCUUUGAGGUCUCCAGUGCUGUGAAGCGGUGGGUCAGAGCAGACUCCACCAAGAGCAAAAAUAAACUGGAAGUGACUGUGGAGAGUCACAGGAAGGGCUGUGACAAGCUGGAUAUCAGUGUCCCCCCAGGCUCCAAAAACCUGCCCUUCUUCGUUGUCUUCUCCAAUGACCGCAGCAAUGGGACCAAGGAGAUGAGGCUGGAGCUCCGGGAGAUGAUCAGCCAUGAACAGGACAGUAUGCUCAAGAAGUUGUCCAAGAAUGGUCCAGCAGAGGCAGGUGAAAACAAGGAUGAGGAGGAUGGGGAAGGUCACACAGCCACAGGGUCAUCUUUAGCCAGACGGAAGAGGAGUGCUGGGGCCAACAACCACUGUCAGAAGACCUCCCUGCGGGUGAACUUCGAGGACAUCGGCUGGGACAGCUGGAUCAUCGCACCCAAGGAGUACGAUGCUUUCGAAUGUAAAGGCGGCUGCUUCUUCCCCCUGGCUGAUGACGUGACGCCAACGAAGCACGCCAUUGUGCAGACCCUGGUGCAUCUCAAGUUCCCCAUGAAGGUGGGCAAGGCCUGCUGCGUGCCCACCAAACUGAGCCCCAUCUCCAUCCUCUACAAGGAUGACAUGGGGGUCCCCACCCUCAAGUACCAUUAUGAAGGGAUGAGCGUGGCAGAGUGUGGGUGCAGGUAG